GCGUGUGUGUGUGUGUGUGUGUGUGUGUGUGUGUGUGUGUGUGUGUGUCUGUGUUGUCGUAGCGACGAGCCAGUGGCAGACAUUGAGGGUCACAGUGAGCGAGUGUCUCGGGUGUCGUGGCAUCCCUCAGGGAGGUUCCUGGGAACAACCUGUUAUGAUAACUCGUGGCGUCUCUGGGAUCUGGAGGUUCAGGAGGAAAUCCUCCAUCAGGAGGGUCACAGCAAAGGAGUCCACGACCUUCACUUCCACCCCGACGGCUCUCUGGCUGCUACUGGAGGACUGGAUGCGUUUGGCAGGGUGUGGGACCUUCGGACGGGACGCUGCGUUGUCUUCCUGGAGGGACACCUGAAGGAGAUCUACAGUGUGCACUUCUCUCCCAACGG